AUGCAAUGGGACAAGUGGAGCGGUAUAUGUAGUGAAAGGAAUACUGCUGGCUCUGGGGGCACAAAAGAUCUUGUACUUCAUCAGAAAGAUGUUAAGUCAGCUUUCCUCAGCUCUCGUCUAGCAGAGACAGUGUACUUGGAGCAGCCAGAGGGGUUCAGCAGCGGUGACAGCCAACUGAAUGCAAAUCAGUGGGCACACCAGCGGUCAUCAGCUUACAACUGUCGAAGAAGGACUGCCCUGUACAUGAAAACUGAGGACUACAAAGGAAUUUUGGCUCAUUAUUGCACACAGCUAUGCAAACAAAUGCUGAUACACUGGUGGUGCAUCCACAAUGGCACAUCGGUUCAAGAGGCUCUAUAUCUGCGAUCACAUCACGAUGUGAUGAGCGUAGUUUUUGAUGGACCAACUGUCAUCAAAGAGGCCAACUGGAGCUGCAUCAAGAUGUGCAAGAAACCUUUGAUGCAGAUGCGAACGAAACACAUCGAUCUGAAUGCAAAUCAGUGGGCACACCAGCGGUCAUCAGCUUACAACUGUCGAAGAAGGACUGCCCUGUACAUGAAAACUGAGGACUACAAAGGAAUUUUUGGCUCAUUAUUGUACACAGCUAUGCAAACAAGUCCUGAUAUCCUAGCUAUUGUGACGCUACUCUCUCGUUUCCCGGAGAAUCCGGGAAGGGUGCACUGGGUGGCCGCAAAGAGGGUUCUCUGUUACCUGAAGAGGAGCAAAGAUCUAGAGCUGUGCUACACUAAGGACUCUGGUGCAGAUGCUGAAACACUGGUGCUGAAUGCAAAUCAGUGGGCACACCAGCGGUCAUCAGCUUACAACUGUCGAAGAAGGACUGCCCUGUACAUGAAAACUGAGGACUACAAAGGAAUUUUUGGCUCAAUAUUGUACACAGCUAUGCAAACAAGUCCUGAUAUCCUAGCUAUUGUGACGCUACUCUCUCGUUUCCCGGAGAAUCCGGGAAGGGUGCACUGGGUGGCUGCAAAGAGGGUUCUCUGUUACCUGAAGAGGAGCAAAGAUCUAGAGCUGUGCUACACUAAGGACUCUGGUGCAGAUGCUGAUACACUGGCUGGUGGUGCAUCCACAAUGGCACAUUGGUUCAAGAGGCUCUAUAUCUGCGAUCACAUCACGAUGUGA